AAAUUUGUAAAAUGGUCACACCAAAAAAAAUGUGUAGCUCUUGUUACCAAAGGCCGUGUUCAUCAGAUAUACAUGAUUAUUGAUCCGUGAUGGAUCAUUUGGUUUUGCCGACCGACUUAAAGAUUCAUUACGCAAUCUCAAAAGCAAUCGGACUGUAAAUUGGCAGUGACGUUGUAAGCAGCUCCAAAAAUUCAAUUUCAAAUGCCUCUUCUAUUGCCAGAUCGUUUCCGUGCACCACCGAAAUUGCAGCAUUGAGCACAACAUUUGUAAGAACUUCAAAUUCAAAAAACUCUGACAAAACAUCGAUGUUUUUUCCAAAAUCAUCGCAACCUUACGUAUCGAUUACCCCAAAUCAUCGGCUUGGAAAUAUCAAUACAGGUCCGAUAGCUGUCCGCCGUUGCAUUGCAUUACGUGAUUCGAUUUCUAAAAAAAUAUUAAAAGCCAUUAAAAAUGAAUCAAGCCGAUGUAACAAAGCUUAUGUCUCAGCUGCGCAUCGCUGUCCGACCCAAUAAACGUAAUCUGAAAAACGCGGAUGGACCGGAGGGGAGGCUGCUGAAGCUGCGUAAGACCGUAACGGCGUUGGUAAAGCACGAGCGCAUCGAACUAUUCUACAAUCGAGCUGAUGAGGCCCGUGGCUACGCCGAACUGCUUAUUUCCAAUGCCAUACGCCAUGGGGACCGGCACAAGGCCACAAUGGAACUCGCUGAUUACUGGCUGUUGGAGAAGCAAUUGGUGCACAAGCUCUUCAGGGUGCUGGUUCCGCGCUACGAAAACUAUAGUGUUUCUUACACUCGCAUGUACAAGGCCCCUCGGGACUAUCCCGGUAUUUACUACCGACAGUCUGUGCUGGAGCUUCGCGGCAAUCCCUACCCUUCGCUUUUGACGGAUCACUCUCAGAAUCGGAGUCUACUGCACAAUGUACUUCUUGACGAGGCAAGGAAAGAGUUCAGACGCCAAAAACUGCCUGAAUUAGUUAUCUAGUUAGUCCAUUGACUCGUUGGCUGCCUCGCAAUUAUUUAGAGAUUGGCAAGCAGAUUGUCGCUCAGAAGGCAUUUAAGACUUAAGAGCCGUUUUAUUAUAACUGUUUUUAUAUACACGAAACAAAUUGUUUAAACUCGCUAGUUUUAUAAGCCA